UCUGUGAUGCUCAUGGAGUGAAAAUUAUAGGUUCUAACGGAAUUUUAAGAUUUUUCUGUAAUUCAAUCCGUUGAUAUUUUAUAAAAAACAGUGUGUGAGGUAAAUUUAAAAAUAAUUCAUCUACUGAGCAUAUACGAAACUUUUCGAUUCAGAAUUUUGGGUUGGGGAAAAUUACAUAGUAUUCCUGCGUGUACUAAAGUGUUAGUACUGACACGAUAGCAAAAUAAAACAUUAAUAUGAAUUAUUCGUCAAAGAAUCCUGAUCGACAAGAAGAGAAACCACCUCACUCCAGAUUAUUUGUCGUUUGCAGCAGAAACUUAAAAGAAAAAGAUCUAAGAAGUAGAUUUGAAAAGUUUGGUACCAUCGAAGAUAUCCAUAUGCCAAAAGAUCGAGGCACGGGGGAACCAAAAGGAUUCGCUUACAUCAAAUAUGCUAAGACUUCGUCAGCCGCCGCUGCAAUUCAAGAACUUCACAUGAAAGUUGCAGAAGGUGAUUCAAAACCCAUGAAAGUCAUGCUCGCCAUAAAUAGAAAUGGUGGACCCACUCAAAAUGAAAACGACGAUGACUACAGACGGCUUUUUAUCAAAGUCGAUAAAGACGUAACUGAGAGUCAAGUAAGACUUUACUUUUCAAAGUUUGGCCGUGUCGAAUCUGUUCAUGUGCUUAAAGACAAGGCAACCGAUGUUGGUAAAGGAUUUGCUUAUGUCGUUUACAAAACUUUUCACGAUGCAGCUGUAGCUUACGAGGAAUGUGAUAAAAUAUACAAACCUAUGUUUGCCGCACCCAGAAAUGGGUUGAAGCGCAGUAGAAACAGUCUAGAUGACAUUUCAAGCCCGAGGAGCUUUCAGAACGAGAAAUACAGUAUGCAAAGAUGUGAACUCCCAAAUAAACUGGAGUCUGGUCAUUCUGGCCAAGAUUUUUCAGCUGUUGUUGUAAAAUGUAGUCCACAGCUCCCUCAAAAGUAUAUAGAAAGUUUGUUCAAUGUUAUACCUGGUAUGCUAAGGUGCCAGUAUUCUGUAGAUGCAUAUAAUGGCAUCAGUACAGCUAUUAUAACCUAUGCCGAAUCAAAGUAUGCAGCUUUUGCAGUAGAAAGGCUCAAUCAUUUUCAGUUUCCGUCGGGUGAAAUUAUAACUGUAAAACCUGACAACAAUACUCUAGUAGAAGCCGCUGAAGUUCUCACAAGUAUGGUAAAUAACUUUAAGCAUGCCAUUGAUAGAGGUACACCAGAUCUUGCACACCUAGCAGAUGCCAUCGCCCAAGCUUCCACGUUAAUAAAAGCAGCAACAAACAUAAGCACAAGUAGCAAACAGGAGAAUACGGACUUUCAAUGCAGUGUUAAUUUGCCUCCAAAAAAAGAAUUAGCGAAUAUCAAUAGCAAAGUUGCCCAGAGACUGUUUAUUAUUUGUAAGCCCCAACCUCCUCCAAUUUACAUUUUAAGAGACUUAUUCUCUAGGUUUGGUGACAUGAUAGAUGUCUCUACAUUUCCAAACAAGACUUUUGGGUUUGUCAAAUAUGCCUCUAUAAGUGCAGCGCAGGACGCAAUAAAAACACUAAAUGGAGCCACGGUUUGUGGUAUAAGACUCAAAGUAUUAGAAGCAGACGAAAAACCUGUUAGAGAAGAAGAUGUUAAAAUGGGUGACAAAACUGAAGACGAUACAAUGAACACUAAACGAAAAAGACUGGAUACUGAGAAUACUGGUGACAUUUGACUUGCACUGAGAAUUGACAGUGUUAUACAUUAUAAUGAGAAUGACUUAUGAAAUCAAUAAUUGAAUGAAAUAAAAUUGUUUAGUACUUUUAUGAA